GGGGGUGCCGUUUCGCCGGGCGGGAACCAGGGCUGGGGCCGGGGGAGGCGCAGACCCAGCACCCGCCCCGCCCCGCCCGAGCCGCCCCUGCCGCUUCUCCCGGCGCUGCCCUGGCCCCGGCGCGGCAGCUCGGCCUCCGUCCCCAGGCGCGGGGCAGCAAGCGCCGGUGCGGGAAAUGAAUGGAAGAGAAACAAAUAUGUAUAGAUCCCUGACAAUUAAAACUACAACUUGUCAAACCAUGUGAAAUAAGAGCUUUUGGUUGACGGCAUUUAUUGAGGAAACCGGAAAAUAGUUAAAUGAAAAGUUUUGUUCCUGACAAACAAUAUGAGAAAUCGAGGAAUUGAGCUAGAUGUCAUCUGCUUGGAUUUUAAGAAAACCUUCGAUACGGUAUCUCAUCCUGUUCUCACAGAAACUGAGCGGCUGUGAUGUAGAUGAUUGCACGGUCAGCGAAGAAAUCAUGAAGGUAAAGAUUUCCUCAUUCUGCCGUAUCUCCCAAGCCAGGUCUCUGCUGCUUGGCUUUAUCAUUUUCUUCCUAACUUUUCACAUUCCCAAGCUUGAAUCUGUUGAGUUUAGAGUCCUGGGACCUGAGCGCCCUGUCACUGCUACCAUUGGAAAAGAGACGGUGCUGCUGUGUCACCUGUCCCCCAUGAUGAGCGCUCAGAACAUGGAGGUGCGAUGGUUUCGAUCCGAGUUCUCUAACUACGUACAUCUGUAUCGUGCUGGGCAAGACCAGUAUUGGAAGCAGAUGCCAGAGUAUCAGGAAAGGACAGAGCUGUUGAAAGAUGGCCUCCCCGAUGGAAAUGUUGCCUUGAGAAUUCUCAACGUCACACUCUCUGACGAAGGGCAGUAUCACUGUUUCCUCCAAAAUGGGAGCUUUUAUGAAGAAGCCAUAUUGGAAUUGAAGGUGACAGUCUCGGGCUCCAAUCCCCUCAUCUCUGUGGAGGAUUACCAGGAUGGAGGAAUCCGGGUGGUGUGCCAGUCGGCUGGGUGGUACCCAAAGCCGGAGGUGCUGUGGAGGGAUUUCAGAGGACAGCACUUUCCUCUGCUAACUGAGACGUAUUCCCAAAACAAAAAUGGCCUGUUUCAAGUAGAAACAUCUAUUAUUAUCCAGCAAAAUAUAAAACAGAGUUUAUCCUGCUGCAUCAAAAACACCCUUCUACAUCAGGAAAAGGAAUCAAUAAUCCGUAUAUCAGAUUCAUUUUUCCCAACAAUUUCUCCAGAGACCCUAGCUCUGAUUGGUGUAUUGAUGGUCUGUUUGGUUUUCCUCAUAGGCUUUACUGUCUUUAUCCUUAGAGAAAGAGGGAAGCAUGCUAAAGAACUUGGGAAACGUGAUGCAGUAACUAGGGAACGUGAUGCAGAAAUCAAAACACAAGCAGCCGAACUUAGGUGGAGAAGAUUUGCAGUGCCUAUUGAAGAAGCUGCUGCCACUGCACGAAGGCAUCCCACUCCCCCCUUUGCCACUGGAUCUAAUUGUGCAGAGAAGUAAGCUACCGGGCGUUGGGUGGUGCCCAAGGGUUGGGUAAGUACCCCAGAGGCUAUUCCUAGUCGCUCAUGAACAAAGAGCAUGAAAUGCUUUUGAUAAUCUGGUAGCCUUAGGGCUGGGGCAGAAAUUAAAGCCGUCUUUAUAUCACUGAAACUGCGGGCGGCUUCAUGAUCCCAAAAAACUGGUUCUUCUGCAUCUUUCAUGGUGAGCUGCACAAGUGGCUUGGUUAAUUCUCUGAAGGCUGGGAUCCAAGAGCGAUAGAACCCCACCAUUCCCAGCAGACCUCUAACCUGGCGCUUUGUUAUAGGUCAAGGAAUAUUAAGAAUGGCUUGGAUUCUGUCAUCACUAAGGUGUCGUUGGCCUGAUUCUAAAAUAUGUCCCAAGAAUUUGACAGUGGAUUUACAGAACUGAAGUUUGCUUGGUGACACCUUGUGGCCUUUGGCAGCCAGUGCAGUAAGUAAAAUGAUGGUGUCCUGGGUGGAAGCCUCGUGUGAGGUAGAGCACAAGAGUAAAUCAUCCACGUAUAUUAGAAGGGAUGAGGAGUUAGGAAAGGUAACAUCUUGCAAAUCUUUGUGAAGAAUUUGAGAAAAAAUGCUGGGAGAUUCUACAUAUCCUUGGGAUAACCGUGUCCAGGUUAAUUGAGAGGAACCUCAGGUGAAGGCAAAAAGAUACUGGGAUUCAGGGUGGAUGGGGAUGCUGAAAAAAGCUGAACAGAGCUCUACUACUGUGUGAACAGCAGUGUCAGGAGGUAUUGCAGUCAAAAUAGUACUGGGGUUAGGAACAACGGGGUGUCGAGGAAUGACAUAUUUAUUAAUUUGCCUGAGGUCUUGAACAAAACGAUAAGCAGGCUUUCUGUCUGGACCAGGCUUGGGUUUCUUUACUGGAAGUAUAGGAGUGGUACGGGGUGACUGACAGGGAAUCAAAAUUCCUUGUUUAGAAAAGUCUUCAAUUAAAGGCUUAAGUCCCUCAAUUGCCUCUGCUUUUAAAGGGUAUUUAGGUGGUUCGACAUUGGUACGAGUUAGGAUUUUAACAGGAUCCGUAGAUUUUAGGAGUUCCACUGAGCUGGAGGUGAGACCCCAAAGUUCUGAGGGUACUUUUUCCUUUAAAAUAGAAGGAAGAGACUCUAAACGUGGGUUUUGGGUGGGUACAAGGACCGCAGCCAACGUAGGGAUUUGAGAGGACGGGAAUGUUAAGAUAAUUCCGUCGGGUGUACACUGUAUGGUGGCACGUGGUUUGCAGAGAAGGUCCCUUUCUAGAAGUUUGACAGGACUAUUGGCUAAGAGAAAGGACUGUUCUGCUGAAAGAGGACCAAUCUUGAUAUUAACAGCUUGAGAAAAAGGGCAACAGAAAGGUCUGCCCUCGAUACCCAUAACUGUGACUUGUUUUCCGCUUGGGGAAAGGUGUCCUUUGGAAAUACUGGAAAAAGUUGCCCCUGUGUCUAGCAGGCACUCAUAGACGUGUCCUCCUAUUUCUAAGGGUAUCAGGGGAUCCUGAGUACUGCAGUUUAGGGUAAUUUCUUUAGGUUGAACAGAGAAUAGUUGCAAAAGGUGACACGCAGAAUCUCCCUCAUCGCGUCAGUUGUUAAAUUGGUCCUGAGCAAAGUCUGAGGCAACAGUAGCGAGCUGGGGGUUCUUGAAUUUUUGGUUUUCAGGAUUGUCACUUGGGGGUCCUUUUGAUCUUAACUUACACUCUCUUUUCCAGUGUCCUUCCUGUUUGCAGUAAUGGCACACAUUGGGCCCAUGAGGUUGGUAGGUGCGGCCCAGUGUCCUAGGCACAAAGGGCCUCGGGCCACGGGGCAGAUUGGUCCUGUAAGGGUUUGGUGGCUGAAUUACCACUGCCAACAUGCGAAUGUUGGACUGAUCUUCCUUUUGUUUUUCUUUUCUCUUUUUUUCUUCCCUUCCAUUAAAAGUUUUAGUAGCAAUGGCUAAGAUUUCUGCCAUGGAUUUACCUUCAACACCCUCAGUGUUGUUGGAGCUUUUGUUUAAUAUCUUCACGAGCCUGACUCAUGCAGACAAGUCUUAACACAGACAAAGCGUCAGGUGGUUCAGGAUCUAUGUUUCCAUACCGGCACAUGGCUUUACAGAGUCUUUCAAAGUAGUCUGAAGGGUGUUCUUCUGAACUCUGAACAGUAGCUGUCACUUUGGACCAGUUCAUAGUCUUAUCUCCUGCUUUCUUUAACCCUUCUAAGAUGCUUUCCUUUAGCAUUUGUAUUGCAUUUUUUUCCCCUUUCCGGGUUAUAAUUCCAAUUUGGAUCUUGCCUAGGCACGCCAUGUGGCAUGGGGUGGUCCUGAUGCGGCUGAUUAGUUAAAAAUUGGUCAGCGUGGCAUAAUACUUGGGUCUUCUCGUCUGAGGUUAAAAGGCUAUCGAGAAGUUGCAUGACAUCUGACCAGGAGGGGUUAUGAGUCAUGAAAAUGGUUUUGAAGCGCCUUAGAACUACCUCGGGGCCGUCUCUGAGCCUGGGGGUGUUUUCUUGCCAAUUUAAAAGAUCAGUGGUGGUGAACGGUGUGUGUGUCCAGUGACUGACAACUCCUCCACCCUCACCAGGCACAGGGUAUUCUCUUAGAGGCAACUGAAGUUUAGUCGCAGUUGUGUGGGAACGGGUGUGACUGGCUAUGGGAGUGGUGCUGGAAUCUGGAGAGCGAUUUCUUGAUCUAUCUCCAGAUCCGGGACCCUGUAAUUCCGAGAGAGGCGAUCGGGAUGACGUCUCUCCAGAAUUUUCCGGUCCCUCGGCCGGCCCGGGGGUGCUGCUUCGGGGUUCAGGUAUUAUUGGAGGUGGAACUAACGGCAGGUUAGGGGGCCUAGGCAUGGGUUUAUAAUCAUCUUCUGAAUAUGAGGGUGGGGCGGAAGGUUUUGGACAUUGAAGGGGAGCUAACAAGUUCGGGGAAGAUAUAGGGGUCAGGGUGACUGACAAGAGCUUUGACUGUUUGCUGGCAACACUGUCCCACAAAUACCAAUAGUCCAUUUCACCGGGGCGGAGGUUCUCCAAGAUUUUUUGCAAGGCAGUUAAGAGAUUUGGGUCAAAUGAUCCAUUCUCUGGCCAUUGUCUUUUCAAAUCUAACUGAGACGUAUAAGACGUCCAGUCGGCCAAAUGAAGUUCUGCCAUACGAGACCUGGACAGUCCCGUCCAUCCCUCCAAAUAUUUCCAAUUUUUGAUCAUAUAAUCAAAGGGUGAAUCGGGAAUAACUUUUCCUUGGCCAGAACCCAUGAUUAUAUCCAAGUAUAAGCAGUCUUAUUUCCCUAAGUCCUACCUGCCUAGAAGCUGUUUCGUCUAUGUACAACAGCCAGUGUUCUCGGAUCCCACUGGCUUUCUCCGUGAGGAGGGGCGUCUUGAGUCCGAGACCCUAGUCGUUGGCCGUUAUAACAGCACUUCUACCUCUUAUCCGUGUCUUUCACCUUUCGGCCAGGCUGCCGCUCUAACAGCUUUUAAAGCGGCAGACGGAUACCCUUAAAGACUGCUCUCAAAGUCCUCUAGAGGAAUAAAGGUGGGACUCGAACCCACAAUCAAACAGAAACAAGACCAGAGUCCUCUAAAAGACUAACCAGAAACCAAAACCCAGGAGCAACCGGGAACCAGAAAUUAAACCAAAAACCAAAAACAUACAGACCUGAGGUACUCACCAGCACCAUCCCUUUACCCAAUUUAAGGAUCCUGCCUUAUUGGUCCCGAGGGGACUGUCCACCUCAGAGACUGACCCAAAUAGGUGACCUCACCUGGUGCGCACUGGGGUGUCAGGGGGUGGAGAUCUCCAAAGGCUCCAA